UACGCAUAACCCUUUUGUCCAAUUGGUUUUUGGAUUUGUAAUGUUACAUAUUAAUGUUAUUAUUGUUAUUACAAAUACAAUUACGUUUGCCCCUUUUGAAGGAUCCUCCGGGUUAUUUUCCAAGAAUUUUGGGCCAUGAAGCUGUCGGGUAACGCUUCACUUGUUCUGUUUUACUAUAUAGAAAGCCAAUUGUUUCAUAUCUUUGAGGUGUUUAGUUAAAGGUUCAAACUUUGGAAAUGAAGAUGGAAUUUUUAAGUUCCAAUUAUACGGAAAAAAAUAUUUUUUUUAUUGUCUCUUUGGUGGUUGUGAAUGCUUUUGUGUGAGCAUGAACUAUGCCAACUAAUUUUAGGAAUCCCAAAAGAAAGAUUAGUUUCCAAGUUUUAUGGGAGACUUUGCAAGCAAACACUACACAUAAAUGGAGGAAAAUGACUAGGAAAAAAGAAAAGUGAUUCUCUGCUUUUUAUGGAAAAUAACUCAUUAACCCCUUGCUCCUGCGCCCACCCCAUCAGGUCUUGAAUUUUUUCUUUCUUUCCAUUUUCGGUUAGAGUUGGCCUAAAUCUCAUGUGUGUGAACAUUUCACUAGGAAUUUCCAUAUUUUGGCAAUCAAUGAAUGAAUUCAACUGUUUUCCUUUCUUUUCCUAUUUUUAAAGUUAAACUUAUGCCUAUUUCAUGACCCGAAUUUCCAGGCCUUAUGUUACUUCCUUAAGGUCUGUCUAUGCGUUCUUUGUUUAUACGGCUUUCUCUUAAUAGUGUUGUCGAGAGCAUUGGGGAUGGCGUAAAAGGCCUUGUCGAGGGUGAUGUGGUCCUUCCAGUAUUUUUGCCGGAUUGUGAAGAAUGUAUCGAUUGCACCUCCAAAAAGAGCAACCUUUGUUCAAGAUUCCAGUUCAAGGUCUCUCCUUGGAUGCACGACGGAUCUAGCAGAUUCACUGACCUAAAUGGACAGCCUUUGUACCAUUUUCUAUUUACAUCUACUUUUACAGAGUACACAGUUGUGCAUGUUGCAAAUGUAACCAAAAUUGAUCCCACUAUGCCCCCGAACAGGGCUUGCCUUUUGAGUUGCGGAGCCUCCACAGGAGUGGGAGCUGCAUGGAGGUCUGCAAAUGUUGAAGCAGGAUCCACUGUAGCCAUCUUUGGUCUCGGCUCAAUAGGAUUGGCUGUUGCUGAAGGGGCAAGAUUAUGCGGUGCUGCAAAAAUCAUUGGCAUUGAUGUGAACCCUGAAAAAUUUGAAAUAAGUAAAGCCUUUGGUGUAACUGAUUUUGUUGACUCGAGGAGCUGUGGUGAAAAACGUUUGAGCGAGGUUAUAAAUGAGAUGACCGGUGGAGGAGCAGAUUAUUGUUUCGAAUGUGUUGGGAAGGCAUCGUUGGUUGAGGAAGCAUUUGCUUGCUGCCGCAAGGGUUGGGGAAAAACAAUUGUGCUUGGGGUGGACAAACCUGGCUCACAAGUGACGUUUGGAUCUUUUGACGUCCUUCAUCUUGGCAAAUCAAUCAUGGGAUCCUUAUUCGGAGGCCUUAAACCGAAAUCCGACAUACCAAUCCUCGUCAAACGAUACAAGGACAAGGAGCUGGAUCUCGACAAGUUUGUUACCCAUGAGGUUGGUUUCUCAGAGAUUAACAGAGCUUUUGAUUUACUGCUGCAAGGAAAGAGCCUUAGAUGUGUGAUGUGGAUGGAUAAAUGAAGAUGUUUCAUGCUCUAUAUGACUGCAUGCAUCCCUGUGUGAACAUCGAACCUCAUAUUAAUAUAUAUUGUACUUUAUGAAAUAAAUGGGGAUGAUUUACUUCUUUUUCUUAUUGUUUUGUCAUUUAUAUUUCCAGCUCAAGUUAAAUGAGAAACAAUAAUGUGCUUGUUGAGGCUACGCUGCGUUAUAUGCAGUUGUAAGAUUGAAGACAGCAACAGAAAUAAAACAAAAAAGGUUGUUUACAUUUGAUGUUGUGUGAACUCAAAGUAUCAGGAAACGAAUCAUUAUGUGUAAGCUUCAGUUUUUCAAUA